AUGACCCAAAAAGGUAACUUAUUUUCUCUAACCCAAGAGGAUAAAGAAAUCAACCCUAAAAACCUAGAAGACUCAAAUGAGUUUCAAACAGCUGAUCCUUCCACCAGAGGUGAUAGGAACCUAUGUGAUUAUGAGACUCAAAACAUUUUGGGGGUGAAAAAGCAUGUGACUAAUAUGCCACCUGCAAAGCAGAAUGAAUCAAAAAUAAAGAAGAGUCUCAGGCAGAAAGUAAGUUGGAAGACAAAAAUAAUUUUGGAAAUGAACCGGAUAAACGAGUUUAAGAACAAAGGUGUGCAUGACCCAGAAAAAGUCGGGGUCACGGUGCUGGUGUAUCAACUACUAAGGGUCCAGACUGCAGCAGGCGCGGGGGCAGGGGGCACCGAGCCCUCCUCUUCCCGGACUUCAGAUGCGGCUGCAGAGCCGCUGAGCCUGUGCACUAAGGUCGCGGCCGCCGCCCCGGCCCGGGGGAGCCGCGGGUGCCGCCAGCGGCCGCGCAGCCCCCUCAACUUUACGUGUAUAACUCUUAUUUUCCUUCUGGUGCAGGUGAUAGAAAAAAAUGUUGAUCCUGAAACAAUGCUGUUACCAUACCUGAGGAAGAAGCUCCGACUGACAGGAACCAAGUAUGGCUGUGGAGGGGGAGGCUGUGGCGCCUGCACGGUGAUGAUCUCACGAUAUAACCCCAUUACCAAGAAGAUAAGACAUUAUCCAGCCAAUGCCUGUCUGACCCCCAUCUGUUCUCUGCACGGUGCUGCCGUCACCACAGUGGAAGGCGUAGGAAGCACCAAGGGCAGGAUUCAUCCUGUUCAGGAGAGGAUCGCCAAGUGUCACGGCACGCAGUGUGGGUUCUGCACCCCUGGGAUGGUGAUGUCCAUCUACACGCUGCUCAGGAAUCAUCCAGAGCCCACUCUGGAUCAGUUAACUGAUGCCCUUGGUGGUAACCUGUGCCGUUGCACUGGAUACAGGCCCAUAAUUGACACGUGCAAGACUUUCUGUAAGACUUCCGGCUGCUGUCAGAGUAAAGAAAAUGGGGUCUGCUGUUUGGAUCAAGGAGUAAAUGGAGUACCAGGAUUCGAGGAAGGGAACGAGGUCAGUGAGGUGUAAGGUUUUUAUGAGGCUUUCUCAGGACAUGAGCACAGACCAGCUGACUUCUAGGAAGAGAAAGUGGCUGCCCAAGUUGAUGAAUGUGAGAUAAUGGCUGAGAAACAACCACAAAGGACCAGGGUUUUUAGUGGAGAUAGAAUGACAUGGAUUUCUCCAGUGACCCUGAAGGAACUUCUGGAAGCUAAAGUCAAGUAUCCCCAGGCCCCUGUUGUCAUGGGGAACACCUCUGUGGGGCCUGACAUGAAAUUUAAAGGUGUCUUUCACCCAGUUAUAAUUUCUCCUGAUAGAAUUGAAGAACUGAGUGUUGUAAACUAUGAAGAUAAUGGGCUGACCUUAGGUGCCGGCCUCAGCCUGGCUCAGGUGAAGGACAUCCUGGCUGAAGUGAUCCAGAAGCUUCCAGAGGAGAAGACGCAGACGUACCAUGCUCUCUUGAAGCAUUUGGGAACUCUGGCCGGAUCCCAGAUCAGGAACAUGGCUUCUUUAGGGGGCCACAUCGUGAGUAGGCAUCUGGAUUCAGAUCUGAAUCCCCUCCUGGCCGUGGGCAACUGUACCCUCAACUUGCUGUCAAAAGAAGGAGAACGACAGAUUCCUUUAAAUGAGCAGUUUCUCAGAAAAUGCCCCAGUGCGGAUCUUAAGCCUGAAGAAAUCUUGGUCUCAGUGAACAUCCCCUACUCGAGGAAGUGGGAAUUUAUGUCAGCCUUCCGACAAGCCCAGCGGCAGCAGAAUGCGCUUGCGAUAGUCAAUUCGGGAAUGAGAGUCUUUUUUGGAGAAGGAGAUGGCGUCAUUAGGGAGUUAUCCAUCGCAUACGGAGGCGUGGGUCCAACCACCGUCUGUGCAAAGAAUUCCUGCCAGAAACUCAUCGGAAGGCCCUGGAAUGAAGAGAUGCUGGAUGCAGCUUGCAGGCUGGUUCUGGAUGAAGUCUCCCUUCCAGGCGGGGCUCCGGGCGGACAGGUGGAGUUCAAGAGGACUCUCAUCGUCAGCUUCCUCUUCAAGUUCUACCUGAAGGUGUCACAGACUCUGAAGACGAUGGACCCUGUUCACUAUCCUGGCCUUGCAGACAAGUACGAGAGUGCGUUAGAAGAUCUGCACUCCAGACAUGACUGGGGUACCUUCAGGCUCCAGAAUGUAGGCCCAAAGCAGCUUCCUCAAGACCCAAUUGGCCAUCCCAUCAUGCAUCUGUCUGGUAUUAACCAUGCCACGGGUGAAGCCAUCUACUGUGACGACAUGCCAGCGGUUGAUCGGGAACUUUUCUUGACUUUUGUGACGAGUUCAAGAGCUCAUGCUAAGAUUGUGUCUCUUGAUCUGUCAGAAGCGCUCAGCCUGCCAGGCGUGGUGGACAUUGUGACUGAGGAACAUCUUCGUGGUGUAAACUACUUCUACUUUGCAACCGAACCUGAGAAACUUUUGGGGACAGAGGAGGUGUCCUGUGUGGGUCAGCUCGUCUGCGCCGUGAUUGCGGAUUCCGAGGUUCAGGCAAAGCGAGCCGCGAAGCGAGUGAAGAUUGUCUACCAAGACUUGGAGCCGCUGAUCCUAACUAUCGAGGUGACCAGUUCAAGGGUGGGGCCGGAAGAGCAGAUUUCAGUGGUGCAUGGGGAUAAAGCAUUUGACAUUGUCUCCUCCUUGACUCGGGUGUACUUUCCUGUAACAGGUGAAAUACAUAUGGGAGGUCAAAAACAUUUUUAUAUGGAAACCCAGAGCAUGCUCAUUGUUCCCAAAGGAGAGGAUCAAGAAAUAGAUGUCUAUGUGUCCACACAAUUUCCCAAAUACAUACAGGACAUAGUGGCUUCGACCCUGAAGCUCCCAGCUAACAAGGUCAUGUGUCAUGUAAAGCGACUUGGUGGGGCGUUCGGGGGAAAAACAGUCAAAACCGGCAUCAUGGCAGCCGUCACCGCAUUUGCCGCAAACAAACACGGUCGUGCAGUUCGCUGCAUUCUGGAACGAGGAGAAGACAUGUUAAUAACUGGGGGCCGCCACCCUUACCUUGGAAAGUACAAAGCUGGAUUCAUGAACGAUGGCAGAAUCUUGGCCCUGGAUGUGGAGCAUUACAGCAAUGCAGGUGCCUCUAUGGAUGAGUCACUAUAUGUGACGAAACAGGGAGUUAUGAAAGUGGAAAAUGCUUACAAGUUUCCCAACCUGCGCUGCCGGGCCCGGGCGUGCAGAACCAACCUUCCAUCCAACACGGCUCUGCGCGGGUUUGGCUUCCCCCAGGCGGGGCUGAUCACCGAAUCCUGCAUCACGGAAGUCGCAGCCAGAUGUGGGUUGUCCCCUGAGAAGGUGCGAACGAUAAACAUGUACAGUGAAAUUGACCAAACACCCUACAAACAGGAGAUUAAUGCCAAGAACCUGAUCCAGUGUUGGAAGGAAUGUAUGACCAAGUCUUCCUACUCCCUGAGGAAAGCAGCCGUAGAAAAAUUCAACUCAGAGAAUUACUGGAAGAAGAAAGGGCUGGCCAUCAUCCCCCUGAAGUAUCCUAUCGGCUUUCCCGCAGUUGCUCUUGGUCAGGCUGCUGCCCUGGUUCACGUUUAUCUCGAUGGGUCUGCACUGGUGACUCACGGUGGAAUCGAGAUGGGGCAGGGCGUCCACACUAAAAUGAUCCAGGUGGCCAGUCGUGAAUUAAGGAUGCCGAUGUCUAGUGUCCACCUGCGUGGAACCAGCACAGAAACCGUCCCUAAUACAAAUACCUCUGGAGCAUCCUUGGUGGCGGAUCUCAACGGAUUGGCAGUGAAGGACGCUUGCCAAACUCUUCUAAAACGCCUUGAACCCAUCAUCAGCAAGAAUCCUCACGGCACGUGGAAGGAUUGGGCGCAGGCCGCUUUUGACGAAAGCAUUAGUCUCUCGGCGACUGGAUACUUCAGGGGAUAUGAGACAAACAUGAACUGGGAGACAGGAGAAGGCCAUCCUUUCGCAUACUUUGUUUAUGGAGCUGCCUGUUCCGAGGUGGAAAUAGACUGCCUGACAGGUGCUCAUAAGAACAUCAGAACAGACAUUGUCAUGGAUAUUGGCUACAGUAUAAAUCCAGCCCUUGACAGAGGCCAGGAAUAA